UAAUUGAGGGGGGGAUACGAAUUGGCCUAUCGGUAACCUUUAAGAGAGAAAUACUCCCCUUUUUUCAGUGCGCAGACUGAAAGAGACUGAGGUUGGUGCAGCCGGCGCGGGGUGCUGUGGGGAUCAGAGAGGUGUUUGCGCUCGGAUCGCUUUGAUUCUGGAGGAGAAACCGGGUCAAGAAGAGGGAGACUGCUGGGAAGGAAAGGACAAUGCUGUUUCGUGUCGUUUCGUCGCUCACAGUGGAUGCCAAGCAGAUUUUACUACUAAUCACCGUCCGUUUUUAGAUUAGGGACAUUUCGGAUUCGGCGUUGGCACGGACGCACCCUGCCACCGGCAUCCCAGCCUUUGGGCAGCAUCUAUUUCAGGGAUCGCUCACUGUGCACUGGCUACACUGCAUGCCAGCAAGCUCUUUAUGCAGAUUUCUACCUACAUUCGUCGUUUUGCCUGAAUGUGACUGUCCUCUGUCAUUUUUUACAUGAUUUUUUUGGCCGCCGCAUGAAUUCUCCCACCGGAUCCUCGUCGGUGUACUCUGCUGCUUCUCUCCUCCUCCUCCUCCUCUUCUUCCUCCUCUUCCUCCUGACUCUCACAGAGGGCACUACCCUCCUCCCUACCACUAAAGACAUUUUGAUCAUCCUCCCCUGCUCCCCCCACCCGGACUCGACCAUCACCACCACCAACACCACCACCUCCUCCGCCACCUCCUCUUCUUCCUCCUCCUCUUCCUCCUCCUCCUCCUCCUCCACUGUAACAUGUCGGGACAGUCUUUGACGGACCGGAUCGCCGCCGCGCAGCACAGCAUGACCGGCUCUGCCAUCAGCAAAGCCGUCUGCAAGGCCACGACGCAUGAAGUCAGCGGACCCAAGAAGAAACACCUUGACUACUUGAUCCACUGCACCAAUGAGCUGAACGUUAGCAUCCCCCAUCUGGCCGACACGCUGCUGGAGCGCAUGACGAGCAACAGCUGGAUUGUGGUUUUCAAAGCGCUCAUCGCCACACACCACCUCAUGAUGUACGGCAGCGAGAGAUUGAUGCAGUACCUUGCCUCCAGAAAUACGCUCUUCAACCUCAACAACUUUCUAGAUAAGGCUGCACUACAAGGAUACAACAUGUCAACCUUCAUCAGACGCUACAGCCGAUACCUGAAUGAAAAAUCCAUGUCCUAUAGACUAGCCGCAGUGGACUUCACCAAGAUGAAAAGAGGGGCUGAGGGUGUGAUGCGCACCAUGAACACAGAGAAGUUGAUCAAGACUUUGCCCAUCAUCCAGAACCAGCUGGACGCACUUCUAGAUUUUCAGCCAAACUCCAACGAACUGACCAAUGGCGUGAUCAACACAGCGUUCAUGCUGCUGUUCAAGGACUCCAUACGGUUGUUUGCUGCUUACAAUGAGGGAGUCAUCAACAUGUUGGAGAAAUACUUUGACAUGAAGAAGAAUCAGUGCAAAGAAGCAUUGGAGAUCUACAAAAACUUCCUGAACCGGAUGACAAAACUGUCCGAGUUUCUCAAAGUGGCUGAGCGAGUUGGGAUAGAUCAGGGCGACAGCCCCGAUCUCACACAGGCUCCCAGCUCCCUCCUGGAGGCUUUGGAGCAGCAUCUUGCUUCCCUGGAGGGCAGGAAGCUCAAAGACCUGUCUACUGCCAGCAGAUCCAGCACCUUGUCCAGCACAGUGUCGUCUCUCUCCAGCGCCGGUAUUUCUCUCAGCCGCAUGGAUGACAAGACAGAGGACAACCGGCUGCAGCAGCACAAGGACGACGGUCACAAAGUGAUCGACAUUCAGACGCCCACCGUUUCACCCAGCACCCACUCGGUGGGCAGUGCCAACAGCAGCGGCGGGGCCACGGAUCUCUUCUCAAACUCUCCCAGUGUACCCAUCAAUAACCAUGUGCCAAACCUGACCAGUGAGCUGUUCACCCUGCAGCCCAGCUUCACCCCCAUCCAGACCACACACACUGUGCCCAACAACAACAAUGCCUGGGGAGGAGAUCUGCUAAAGCCGUCCCCACCAACUCAGAUUCACAGUCCUGGAGUUCCAUUGCACUCUGGUAAAAUGUUUCCCAAUGAUUUGGACGCUUCAUUAGCAAACUUAGUUGGAAACCUACAGUUUGGGGGCACACCGGCUAAAAAGCCAGAGUUCCAGUGGAGCCAACUGGUGGAGAAGAAACCCACAGGAGGGAGUGGCUGGCAGUCAAAGACGAUGUGCACCAACACCAACUGGACUCACGCGACCCAUCCCAUGGCACCUGCACCCAUGCCCGUCCCUCAGAUGAAUGGGAUGAUCUAUACAGGAUAUGCUCCAGCACCAGUGGCUUUUCCUAUGACGACACCCCAAGUGCCUGUGUAUGGAAUGCUCCCUCCUCAGAUGAGUCAUCAGAUGGGGGGCGUUCCCAUGAUACCCCCACAGCCUGUCAUGUACAACCAGCCUGUCCUGAGACCCACCAAUCCCUUUGGACCCAUCCCGGGUACACAGAUGCAUUUCAUGUAGAGAUGAUGUUGUAACCAUAGCAGCAAAGCUGAAAGAGAAGAGGCAAGAGAAAGAUGGAAAAGAAAGAGCUGAUGGCAAACACAAAUACAGAACCAAAUCCAGUGCAGGAGGAAGAAAGAACGGCGAGGGGAUUGGAGGACCGGAGCAGAGGAUUAAUAGAAGAUGAAAUGCUGAUGUCAAUUUAUUGUCACUUCACCCUCUAUUCUCCAUGUGGCUACUGAUUUGUCUGUCUUUAACCCAGUAUAACCCUGGAGCAUCGGAGCCUCCUCAUCGGCUCAGCCCAGCUUAUCUUUGUUUGGCCUCUUCUAAUGGCAAUCACAGCCUAUGCUGACAUAGCAGAGACUGACAGCUAUACGGAGGUUCUUCACCUUCUCCUGAGCCACCCCUCCUGUUAAUAACCAGUAUGAAAACUUACCCACAUCUCUCCCUAUCCAACAUCUGAGUCAAACUUGGAGGGCAAACAUCUCUUUCUCUGAUUCGAUCAUUUGCUGGCACUUUACUCAAUGUGAACUUUUGCCAAGGGUGUGUUUCUGCGUAGAUGAUUCUAGCAUCUUGUUAAGAUUGGUUCCUGAUUGCUUGUCAUCAUCAUUUGAAGUCACAAGUGAUUUGAAUGCUUGUGGGUCUUAGCUUUUUUUCUGCAUUUCAGUGAGCAGCAUCUUUGAUCAUUUGUUCUUAAAUGCGUAAAACAAUGAUUUCUUUGGGUAUGCCUGUGUGGUUGUAAAUGGACGUAGCUCUUUAGAGUUUGAACUUUGUGUGUGUGUGUGUAAAUUAUCUUUUGGUACCUGAUGUCAUGACUAUGUUGCCGGGUGCCAAUGUGUUACUGCACUGGAACUAACCGAUGAAAGCACUGAGCCAGACCCAGCUAUUGCAUUUGGAUGUAAACAAACCUCUCAUACUAACUUUGCUUCUUGGGGACUUACUGUACACAAUGUUUCCUUCUUUGUUUCCCCUUCUGCAACUGUGUGAUAUUGUGAAACCUCAUUAACUGUCUUUUUUCACAACUUUAGUCUGUUUAGAAGCUUUCUUCAACACUGUAAUUUGUUUGUCCAUGUUUUCUCUGUAUAGAAUUAUUUUUUUUAUUUUUCCUGCUUGUUUUUUAACCUUCUCUUGUAUACCUGUACUGCUCUAAUAGUGAAACAUAGAAGGGGAUUUUCAGUCUAACCAGUCAGAAAUUGUUUAAUUUUCUCUCUCUCCUAAAUUAGUUACAUUUUAAGUCUUGUUCACCUGAGAAAAACUGGAUUUGGAGCAAGCACUUCCGUCUUUGUGCAACCUUUACCGAGAAGACUUGGGUUCGUGAAGUCUUAUUGUAUACAAACAGGACAGCUUAAGGUUGUUGCGAAAAGUCCAGAAAACACCCAACCAUCCGGAAGCGGCCGAGGGUAAUGUCUUCUGAUCACAACCCUGCUAACGCCUGCAGUGAUGGCGCACAGAUCAAUCCAGACAGCCGAGACGAGGAGCCUUAAUGAGGCAUUAAAUGCUAAUGUGGAUUUUCUGGCAGAUCCAAGGUCAAGACAGACACAGUCUGAUGAUAUAUAUAUACAUAUAUUUAUAGCACAAACCUUCGAAGAAGGAACAAUGCUCUGCUGCACAAAAACCUUAAAAUCAUUGCUGGGAUGUACAGUGAAAAGGGGCAAUAAUCGAUUAGGGGUGAAGUCGUUUUCUAUUGAUUCUGUCUGUUCUAUGUACAUGUACUUUGUGUGUUUGUGUGCACAUGCCUUCGCAUAGAGAUUAACAGGGUCAUGUUCCUCGGUUAGAGAUGGAGGGUCUCUAAGUGAGAUGGUAGUGUGUACUAACUUAGCAUUGAGUGUUCUUGUGACAGUGUCUGAGUCUGUACAACACAUCAGCUGUAGGUGGAUUGUUCACCUGCUGAGUUCAGUCAGACUGAACUCUUCAGACGGCGGGUUAUUUCUAACCAAAUCUUCAGAGAAGACCAAAAGUACGUUAGUGUACUGUGAUUAAAGGUUAAAAAUCAACCGAUACCAGGCUCCCUGCACCUAAGACUCUACUACCAGCAGAGACUUGUGUUAGAAAUCAUCACCAAGCAGGCAUAUGUUGUGAGGUUUCACCUAUUUGACGAGUUCAGCUGUUGUUACACUUCUCCAUCAUUCUUGUUCCAGUGGUUUGUCCUUCAGCUGAAAGCUUUAUUCAAUGAGUUAUUCAGCUCCACAACUCAACCCACCCUGGGAUCUGACUGUUACCGUGUCCCCACUGUAUAUAGGUAAUGCUGUUCAUGUGUUUUUAGCCGUGCUCUCUCUGUGAACGUGAUCAAAGCCCCCAUUGGAUGACUUACUGUAUGUUGGACAAUUUAUUGCUGUAUCAGUGUUUGAAUGGUUGUAUUUUUGAAGGUGUCAUCAUCCAGGGAUGGGCUUGGGUCGAUGUUUGUGCUCUUUGUGUCCAUCUCAAGGUGGAAGCGGGUGGGUGGGAGGGGUAAGGGGUAAACUAUCACAACUGGUCAAUACCAAGAGUGUCUUCAUUGAAAAAAAGAGGACAGGACGGGGUCUGUCCUCUUUGAAACAGGAACAUUUUUUGCACCAAAGUCAUCAUCAAAGCGCAGCUUCUUAUCCAAGGUCACUAAGGAUGGAUGAUAUCAGAACUCCAAGGAUUUUUUUUUUUGGUUUGGUUCUUUUAUUUUCUAAAGACAAACGAAACUGUCUCUUUUGCAUGAUUAUGUGUCGUCUUUUUAUUGGCUUGUGUGCCCGGUAAAAGCAUGACCAUAGUGUGAACUCACUCUUACCGGUGUGUUUGGAAAAUGAACUUCCUCAUUGAGACUUCUUUUUUUUUUAAACUUACCUCUUGACAUUCAUCAUCAGCUGUUUUACGAUGUAGGGUCUGUAACUGUUUGAAGGUUGCCUCGCAUGGAUCAAUGCAACUUGCAAGUAACCCAUCAAACUUCAAACCAAGUUACCACAACCGCAUCUCUAAAACGCCAUGGAUGUCAAUGCCGGUUACCACCUAACUAGCUAGACAUUGCAGUCUUGUAAAAAUUGCUCUUUAUUAAAGCGUUGCUAUUUUCAAUA